AUGACUGCUCGAGCAUUUUCUACCGAUGACUCUAAACUCUGUGAUCAGAGACCAAUUGGUAACGUUGGAACGUUGAUUGGAUUUGCCUGCGCAGCUGGAACUAUAGCAUAUGACAAUGGACAACAAGCAAAUGGCUUAUUUACGAAGCAUCUUCUAGAACAUAUUGUUAAGCCUAAUAGAGAUAUUUUUAAGAUAUUAGGCGCUGUUACCCGCGCAGUAAAAGAAGAGUCAGCAUUAAGACAGAUUCCAUAUCAUACUGGUUCAUUAUCAACAGAAGAUGAUAUUUGUUUGUGCGAAACAGCUCCAGCUAAACAAAGCGAAAAUCCACUUGCAAAAUACAAACUUGUAUUUCUUGGCGAGCAGACCGUUGGAAAGACUUCAUUAAUAACUCGUUUUAUGUAUGACAGUUUUGAUAAUACAUAUCAAGCGACAAUCGGUAUUGAUUUUCUUUCCAAAACUAUGUAUUUAGAAAAUCGAACUGUUCGAUUACAAUUAUGAAGCCUUAUUCCAAGUUAUAUACGUGACUCUAGUGUUGCUGUUGUUGUUUAUGACAUAACAAAUUCAAAUUCAUUUCAACAAACAUCUAAAUGGAUUGAUGAUGCUCGUUCAGAACGUGGUAAUGAUAUUGUAAUCAUGCUUGUGGGUAAUAAAAGUGAUUUAGCUGAUCAAAGACAAGUAUCAAUUGAAAAUGGUGAAAGAAAAGCCAACGAGUUGAAUGUUAUGUUUAUUGAAGCAAGUGCUAAAAAAGGAUAUAAUGUUAAACAACUAUUUCGACGUGUAGUAGCGGCUUUACCUAGUACGGAAACAUCUGGAUGCAGUUCGACAAAUCUCAAACUUAAUGUUGGUCCAAAUCAUGAACCUGUUAAUUAUAAUCAAAGUGGUUGUCGUUGUUAG